AUGGCGAUUGAAUUGGUACCAGGAAGUUCAGGGCGUAUAGAUGUUGGUGUUGAUCACAAAAUAACGUAUUUUAGCAACAAAUAUGUAUUGGGUUUGACUGUGAUUGCUGGCAUUGGUGGUCUCCUUUUCGGUUAUGACACAGGAGUUGUAUCAGGAGCCCUUCUGUACAUCCGUGAUGAAUUUGAGGAAGUCGAUCAAAGUAGUGUCUUACAGGAGACAAUUGUUAGCAUGGCUCUACUUGGUGCAAUUUUUGGAGCCGCAUCUGGUGGGUGGAUAAAUGAUUUAUAUGGACGUAAGAGUGCUACUCUUAUUGCCGAUGUGAUUUUUGUGCUUGGAUCCUUUUUGAUGGCCACUGCACCCGAUCCAUAUGUUCUUUUAUUUGGGCGGUUCUUGGUUGGGCUGGGUGUCGGUGUGGCUUCUGUUACUGCUCCAAUGUAUAUUGCAGAAGUAGCGCCAUCAGAAAUACGGGGAGGCCUUGUGAGCACCAAUGUGCUUAUGAUCACUAGUGGACAAUUUCUUUCAUAUCUUGUUAAUCUUGGCUUCACCGAGGUUCGUGGGACUUGGCGAUGGAUGCUUGGAAUAGCUGCGGUACCAGCGAUUCUUCAGUUUUCAUUGAUGUUGCUUUUGCCCGAGUCUCCACGUUGGCUUUACAAGAACAGAAGUAGUUCUGAGGCUGUUGCCAUGCUAUCAAAAAUUUAUGAUCCUGAUCGGUUGAAGGAGGAACUCCACCAGCUUUCAGCUGCGUUAGAGCAAGAAUGCCGGAGCCAGAAUGCUGUCAGAUACCGGGAUGUUUUCAGAAUUAAAGAAAUCAGACUUGCAUUUGUUGCUGGAGCUGGUCUGCAGGCAUUUCAACAGUUCAUUGGCAUCAACACUGUCAUGUAUUAUAGCCCAACCAUAGUCCAGAUGGCUGGUUUUGGGUCGAACCAAUUAGCCCUUCAACUAUCUCUAAUAGUCGCGUUAAUGAAUGUUGCCGGAACAGUUGUUGGAAUCUACCUCAUUGACCAUGUUGGCCGCCGCAAAUUGGCACUCAGCAGCUUAAUAGGUGUAAUUCUAUCAUUGGUUCUCCUGUCCAUUGCAUUCUUCCUUGAAUCAUCUGGACAUGCCAACAUCAGGUGGCUUGCGGUUCUUGGCUUAGUCCUGUAUAUUGCUUCCUUCGCCCCGGGGAUGGGGCCUGUCCCGUGGACGGUAAACUCGGAAAUAUAUUCGGAAUCAUAUAGAGGGAUGUGUGGGGGAAUGGCGGCCACUGUGAACUGGGUAUCGAACUUGAUAGUUUCUCAGAGCUUCCUUUCUGUUGCCGAUGCUGUUGGAAUCGGUAUGACUUUCUUGAUACUGGCGGGAGUUUCAGUGGCUGCUAUUGGUUUUGUGGUCAUGUUUGUUCCGGAGACCAAAGGGUUGACUUUCGAGGAAGUUGAGAAAUUGUGGAAAGAGAGGGCUUGGGGAAGUGGUAAUGGUGCAGAAUCCCUUCUUGAAGAGGACGAGGCGUAG